AUGUUUGGGUUAAUAAAUAUUUUAUUUUUAUUCUUUUUCUUUAAUUUGUCAACUUCCGAAGUUGUCCAUCUUAAAGGAAAAUUAACUUGUGCUGGAAAAGGUUUAACAAAAGCAAGUAUUGAACUUUUAGAGGCUGAUCUUUUUGAACCUGAUGAUUUACUUGGAAUAACAAAUACAGAUUCUAAAGGAUUUUAUGAAAUUAAAGGAGAACAGAAUGAAUGGUUUGGGAAGAUUGAGCCGUAUUUACGUAUUAAACAUAAUUGUUCUGUUAAAGAUAACAAAACUAAAGAAAAAAAAAAAUGUAUUUAUACACACAUUCUCCCUAUUUUGAUUGAAGCAAAAGAUGAUUUAAUUGAGGAUGAUAAAAACAAUAUUGACUUUCAUACUUUGGAAGUUGCCCCCUCGAGUGAGGAAUGCACAGAAGAUAUUUCUUCUAUAAUUGAUUCUGAUACUUCUUCACAUUUUGAAAGAACUGAGGAUGAGGAGGAGGAUGAAGGAAAUGAAGAAGAAAAACGAAUAGAAAGAAAUGAUAAAAGUUUAAAUAAAUCUUUAAACGAAGAAGAAGAAUCCAUUUCUCCGGCAACAACAACAUUAAAUAACUCAGAAAUCGAAACAACAGAAAAACAAAAAGAAGAUGAAGGAAUAUUAAUAACAACAACAGAAAUAAAUAAUAAUGAAACAAAAGGAGAAGUUAAACAACCACCUGCUACACAACCCUAUUAA